CAACUCCCAGGAGCACUUUGGCGGUCGGCUUGGUCUGAAAGUGAAAACAAACUUUCGGAUGCCCGUUUCAGUGGAAACAACCACGUUUCGUUUCUCUUUUGUUUCCGCCCGGUGCGCAAAAGCAGACGUCAAGAAGACACCGCAUUGGGAAGGAAGAAGCGCUGAGGCUUCGCGGAAGCAGGAGCUCUAGCCAGGCCAAACGACAGCACCCGCUACCGGCUCGUGGGGUAAAAGUGGAGCCUCUUGCAGGAAUCCCACAUGCGACCUGCAAGCGCGAGUUCGGUUCCCGCUGCGCCAGCCGCCACCGCCUGGGUCGUUGCAUCCCCGCCUCUCCCCCGGGAGCUCAUUCGAGUGGUUUCCUUCACCUUCCCCCUCUGUCUUUUGAACACCAUGUGGGGCUAGUGGAAGAGAUGCGCUUUCUUGCCAACCUGAAGCAAUAAAUAAACAUGGAGGCUGCUGCGAAGCCAGGCGGCGGAGAGGAGCAGCACUACCCGUGCGACGGCGCGGAGCCUCCCGCCAACUCGGCUAUGGACACCUCCUUGCGAUCUCAGGGAUUGUACCGCAAGCGGGUGGCGAAGGACGGAUCCUGCCUCUUCCGAGCUGUGGCGGAGCAGGUUUUCCACUCCCAGUCUCAGCAUAUUGCCAUUAGGAUGUCUUGCAUAAACUAUCUGCGGAAAAACAGAGAGAAGUUUGAAGCAUUUAUAGAGGGACCGUUUGAAGAAUAUUUGAAAAGUCUUGAAAAUCCACAGGAAUGGGUCGGACAAGUGGAAAUAAGUGCCCUUUCUCUUAUGUACAAGAAAGAUUUUAUAAUAUAUCAAGAACCAGACUCUGCUCCUUCACAUGUAACUGAAAAUGGCUUUCCUGAUAAGGUAUUGUUGUGCUUUUCCAAUGGAAGUCACUACGAUAUUGUUUAUCCCAUAGAAUAUACUGUCAAUGCUGCACUUUGCCAGUCUAUUCUGUAUGAAUUGCUGUAUGAGAAAGUAUUUGGUAUUGAUGUGGGUAGAACAUUGGAAGAGCUUAGCUCCACUGAUGUGACCAAGCAUAGUAGCGGGAGCUGUGAAGAGUCUGAUUCAGAGGAUGAAAACACAAAAAUUGAAGAGGCUACAACUACUGAUAUGAAUGGAGUGAAGUCUCUGGUCAAGAAGCAGAGUCCCAAAAAUGAAAAACCCGCCUCUGUCGCCUUGUCUGCAAAAGUUCUUCGGUCACUGAAUCCAUCGGUGUAUCACAAUAUUGAAUAUGCCAACUGGCAGCGAUCAAAACGAGAUCAGCAAAAGCGAGAUUUUUCUAUUGCUGCUGGCAUGCAGUAUUCAGUUGGAGAUAAAUGCAAAGUGCGUUUAGACCUUAAUGGCAAGUUUUAUAAUGCUCACAUCCAAGAAGUCCAGUCUGCAAAUGGACCAGUAGUUGUCUUUGUGGAGGAGCUUGGUGCCAGGCAUUCUGUUCUGCUGAAGAACCUUAAGCCACUCCCGCAGCCUUCUCCUGUGGAAACCUGGAGUACUGUGUCAGGGAAGAAGAUGAAAAAGCUCACUUCAGCACAUGGACACAUUGCUCAGACUGAUACAGAUGGCCGAGGGUCAAAGAAUCCAAGCAAGAUGAUAAAAGCUCAGUCAGCACGACCUCCUCGACUGCAAGGAUCAAGGGAGCAUCAUGUGUCUUUCCCCGGGCUGGGUUCGCAGCAAACCUCUCCCGAGCACAAAACUCUAGGCAGAAAUCCCUCACAGGUUGCAAGGAGAAUGGACCGUGAGAGAAUGAAUGAUUUGGACGGUAUCAGUCGGGAUUAUUUUGGCCUUUCUCCAGAAGAACACAAAGAGAAGCAGACUGUAGAAGAAACGUGUUCUCCUGGUGAGCUCCACCUUCAGGAUGAGGAGGCCUUUCCUGCUCUUUCUAAUCCAUCAGUGUCUCAGGUAUCCACUCAGACCACUGGUAGCUGUGGACAGAGAAAACUUUUAGUUCCUAAUGACAGAAAAGCCAACCAUCUGAAAGAAGAGAAGGAGGAGAGAAGAAACAAAGUGGGAGCAAUAGAAGAAAAAGACUUGCAUCUGACGCAGAUCUCUCAUGAUCGAAAGCUUGAGCCCGAAAUGCCUGAGAAUAGGGAAGAUGACUCUGAUCCAUCAUCAUCACCUCCCUCAGGUCAUGGAGAUUCACAAUCCCCAUCUGUUAAACAAAAUUUGCCAGAAUUCAUACCAGGUGUCAGCCACACUCCAUCUCCCGUUUUCCCUGAGAUGCAUUUGCCUCCUGCAGUGCCUUCUGUACCAACCAUUGUGCCAGCCUGGCCAAGCGAGCCACCAACUUAUGGGCCAACAGGUGUUCCACCUCCAAUACCUGGACCAUCAGUAAUGCCAUCUUCAGCCACUGGUCUAGAUUCCCCUCUGGUCCAGGCAACAUCCAGUCCAGUUACUGGCAUUCCAGUACCACUCCAAGCUGUUAGCCAGCCUCCAAUGCCAAUGUCUCAGACACUGAAUCCGUACCAGGAUCCACUGUACCCGGGAUUCCCUCUCAAUGAAAAGGGGGAGCGAGUCAUGACCCCUCCUUACUCCUUCUGCAGCACAGCAGAGGAUCUUCCAAAUGAUAAAAAUGUUCUUAGAUUUUUCUUCAAUCUUGGUGUGAAGGCGUACAGCUGUCCCAUGUGGGCCCCACACUCCUAUUUGUACCCUCUACAUCAGGCUUGCUUGACAGCUUGUAGAAUGUAUUCAAAGGUGCCAGUUCCAGUCUAUUCUCACCAUCCUUGGCUGCAAGAAGUACAUUUGACUCAGAAUGGAAAUGGAGCUGUCCAAACAGAAACCCACUUCCCUAUGCAGAAUGAAGUCACAGCAAAUGGCCAAAGCCCACACAUGGAAACCAUGUCUCCAUCUAUGCCCCUGUUCAUGCCUACUGCUCAAGUGCCUGAAAACCAAGGACUUGUAUGUAUAGAGUCUGAGAACCCAGCACAAGCACUACACAGUGAAUAUGAUGAGUCGUUAGGACGGAAAAGUGUGUUCCCACAACCUCCACUGGGGCAGAGUCCAUUCUUGGGGCCUGUUCCGGUUGCACCUAUAUUCCCUCACCUUUGGUAUGGGUAUCCCAUCCAGGGCUAUGUUGAAAAUUCUGUGGUGAGACCAGUUACUGUGCCUCCUGAGGACACACGAGCUCCUGAGGGCAGAUCCCCAGCUCCGGCAGCAGGAUGUGUCGAGUUGCUUCAGAAGGCCAAGGACGAAAGCGGCAUCCGUCAUCUUUCCUUCCAUGUGGCCACUGCACAAGCUGAAUGUGGUGGUCUCGCUGCAAACUCUACCAGAGUGCCUAAGGAGAAGCAGACUUGUCCUGCUGCCCUUCCUGCUACUCAAGCAAAGUCUGUUCUCCAAAACCUUUCCACAGAGAUGGAGGAUAGCAAGAGACAAGCAGUGUUGGCACCAGCAGUGCAGCUACCAAACGCUGCAUCAAAGAGUUUUUGUCCUAAAGACAAGACAGAUAAAGCUGGUGCAACUAGCAACUUAACCACCAGCUUGCGGGAAAGUAAGGUACAAAGGCCAAGAGAAGAGAGUUCUGACGAUGAAUGUGAAGUUUCUGAUAUGCUGAGAAGUGGCCGGUCAAAGCAGUUUUAUAAUCAAACUUUUGGAGGAGGCAGAAGACCCAGAAGUGAAUGGAGCUACCCUCCUGGGAGGGCGGGAUACCAUUACCCAAGAAAUGAGGAAGCGUGGAAGGGGCCAUCCACCAGAGGCAGAGGUGAAGGUUAUCGCUUUCACCGUGGUUCUAGGGGGAGGCCAUAUCGUAAUGAAAGAAGAAGAGCAAACAUGGGAGAUGGUCAUCGGGGGCAGCAGUUCCCUUAAGGGAGACCUGGGAUCUUUCCAACAUGGAUACUACUGCUGAGAGAGCUAAAAUAUGCUCAAAUAUUUUCUGCUCGCUUAAAAAAACCAGAUUACCCUAGUAUUUUCAGAGUGAAGUAAGACUGAAGGGGAAAUAACCUUUUAGUGCUACUAUAUUUUUUUGUUUAAAAAAUGUUUGGUUUUGUUUAAAUUCUUGACAGUUGUGGUUAAGAGAACCUGUGUUACCUUUGGGAGUCUUUCUCCCCCAAAGAUUUGAGUUUGUGGAGUAAAGUUGUUUGUAAUGGAACUUUUCUGCAAUUAAGUAUUUUGACACAUUAUAAUGAAGAAUGUUGCACCAAAUAGAAUGUAUAUCCUAGCAUACUGUAUCUUGGAGCUGUGUUACGCUGCAAGAAUUCUCAGCCUCCUGGACUGUCGUCUUUGUGCUUCCAAUCCAAAGGCCUUUCAUCUCUAAACUUGUGAAACUUGAAUGUGUGGAGUUGUGUGUUUUUGCUUCAAUGGAUUACUAUGUACAGUGGUCAACUAUUCACGUAUCGUCGAUGUUUUAUUCAUAGGGACAUUUUUUAAUUUUAUAAUGCAUUUCUUGAACUAGUAAAAGCAAUUAAGAAUACCAGUGGAGAGCUGGUAAGAAAUUCAGUUUAGUGGUGAAUUCUUCCAGGCAGUCUUAACACUGGUAUGACCCUAAUGGUGCCUAUGCCAAUUAUGUAUUAUAAGACAAGGGUAGAUGCUGUGCAUUUCCAAAAUAGUUUUGCUUCUGUUACAAUACAGUUUAAGACACUUUUGCACUGACAAAUCCCUGAACAGUUGCUACAGGAAAGAUGAAUGAAAUAACUCUAGUUGCUUUUUUUCUAAAGCAAGGCUGAUGUGACGAGUUAAUAUCUAGUCUCUUUCCUUUAUGCGCUGUGAAGGCUAGUUAUACUUUAUAAAUUUCCUUAAUUUUUUAAAAAAGUGGCAGUCUUGUAGAACUGGAGGCCUCUGUCCUAUUGUACAAUGUCAGUCUGAUUGCUGCCUUCUGUUAGACUGAGUUGUGUAUAUUUGUAUAUACUGGCGGAAAAGGUGAAGGUUACUUUUUAUUCAUGUCUGAGAGAUUCUACAGCCUUUUUGAGCAGGAGACUUGAAUGAUACCAUGUUUGUGAAUUACCUUCAGCUGCAUGCUGUGUACUUCUAAUUAAAUACAUGUUUGUUCUUUGA